CCCAUCAAAAACAAGAGACUAGGAAAACUAAAAAUAAAGAAGAAGUGUCAGAAGAUAGAAAAAAAUAUAAGAGAAAAUACCAAAAACCAAGUUAUUUUGCUAUUGAGCAGGAGUUAAAAAAAACUUCCCAAGUAAUGCCUAAAGAAUUGGAUAGACUAAGUAAUUAUGAGGAAGAAAUGAAUCAACAAGAAUUUUGGAAAAUGCUCA